CUGAUAUGUCGGGGUCGGAACGUAUAAACACAGUUGACUAGAAAAAAAUCUUAUCUGGAGAGAGCCUUAAGUGGACUGUGGAGUGUGGGAAAAUUGAGAGUUAACGUGGCAAACAUGCCAUAUUCCAAAGAUUACAUACAAAACAAUCUUGAAAAAGAGCUCGUACCUGUGUACUUCCAUACAAGGAGGGCUAAUUGAUUGUCACAAGCACACUCUGAUAAUCUGCUCUACUAACAAAUGUUACGCUAAAUUGAAAUUUAAAAAAAAUAAUGUACAGAGAAAGCACAACAACAAAGGCUCCCAACAAGAAUGAGAGCAACAACUUGAUCCAUAAUCCCAGAACAGAGGAUUUUAAGAAACAAACAAAAAAGAGUGCCUUUGAUGUAUUAAACGUUGGUUUGAUCAUUAGUUUAGCUCUGCUUCUUAGAUUGUGUACAUCUCAGUAUCCUUACAGUGGGGCAAAUACACCACCAAUUUAUGGUGAUUAUGAAGCUCAGCGCCACUGGCAAGAAGUCACCUUAAAUCUUCCAAUUUCACAGUGGUAUUCCAAUUCAUCCAAUAAUGAUUUGCAAUAUUGGGGAUUAGAUUAUCCACCACUAACAGCUUAUCACAGCUUUCUUGUGGCUUGCAUUGCCCAUAUACAUGAUCCAAAAUCUGUGGAAUUACACAAAUCCAGGGGCUAUGAAUCUAGUAGCCACAAAUAUUUUAUGAGAUUGUCAGUUCUUGUUGUUGACAUGCUAAUAUUUAUACCUGCUGUGUUGUACUUUUCUUUCUCUGCAUUACCAUACUCUAUAAAUCAAAAUAGUUAUAAAAAAAUUUGUUCUAAUGAUUGCUAUUUUAUAUCAAUUACUUUACUUUGUUAUCCUGGAAUAAUUUUGAUUGAUUAUGGACAUUUUCAAUACAAUUGUGUUUCCCUUGGAUUUUUCAUAGCAUCUGUAGCCUUAAUUUUUCAAGACUCAUUAAUGCUUGGAUCUUGUUUCUUUGUCCUGGCUUUAAAUUACAAACAAAUGGAACUGUAUCAUGCUCUUCCAUUUUUCUUUUAUAUUCUUGGUUUAUGCUUCAGGGCCAGAAACAGAAUGUCAUCUUUAUACUUACUGGUUGGUGUGUCAUUAACAGUUUUGGUAACAUUCGUCACAGUCUGGGCUCCAUUUUUAAUAAAUGUUCAAGUUUUUACAGAUGUUAUUUCACGACUUUUUCCUAUCAAGAGAGGUAUUUUUGAGGAUAAAGUUGCAAAUAUUUGGUGUACCUUUAAUAUUUUAUACAAGUUGAAAAGCCACAUUUCCAACUUUCAUCUUACCCUCAUUUGUCUAGUGACUACAGUCUGUGCUUUGUUACCUAGUUGUGUAGAUCUGUUUUGUCGACCAUCAAAAAACCGGUUUCUAUUGGCUCUCAUAAACUCAUCGCUAGCCUUCUUUUUAUGCUCUUUUCAAGUUCAUGAAAAGUCUAUUCUUUUGGUGGCAGUACCAGUUUUAUUAUACUUGCAUAAAGAUCCUUUCUGUUGUUUUUGGUUUCUAAUUAUAUCUGUUUUUAGUAUCCUUCCAUUAUUGAUAAGAGAUGGAUUAUUUGUAGCUUAUCUUGCAUUAUUAACUUUUUUCAUAAUAAUUGUUGCAUGGAUGGAGCCACAAGUCUUUUAUCAGCAGUCAAUUGAAAUGAAGGAAAAAAACAAAAGAAAAGUCAGAAGUUUUGAGAAUUAUAAUUGUUGUAUCAAUGCUUUAUUUGGCUUAUCACUUAUAGGAAUUUUGUUCAUAUCCAUUUGUAGCGUACUAAUUGAACCACCAAAGAAAUAUCCAGAUCUCUAUUCUCUUCUCAUAUCAGUUUACUCUUGCUGUCAUUUUUCUGUCUUUUUUAUUUAUUUCAACUAUAAGCAAAUAUUUUGGACUCCUGAUAAAGGUAAAUUAGAAUGAAUGAUGUAUUUGACAUGUAGAGAGAAGUAAAUACUUGAGAGCAUUGAUAUUAAUAAAAACAGUUUUUUUUUUAUGGUAAUCUUUGUAGUUGUCUAUUCUUCAUAGCCCCUUCUUCCAUUCUCAUACAAAUCAAGCAAUCUUUAACGA